AUGAAUCUGGUCGCUGUCUACGCCUUGAUCCGUAUGCUUUGGCCAUUCCUGCCUCCGAGCCUGAGUCGGCUGGACGUCUCCCAAUUCGAGGUUCAUUCCUUGCCAGGCGUCCCUUCUUCUGCUCUUCCUACCAGCUGGGCCGGUCGAAUUCCUGUUCCUGAGGCCGAACCCGGCAACUCGUUGUUCUUCUGGCUCUUCCAGGCCGAAGACCCUGCGCAUGAUGAUAACCUUAUCAUAUGGUUCAAUGGCGGGCCUGGAUGCUCGUCUCUGAUCGGACUGCUAUCGGGCAAUGGGCCAUUUGCCUUCGUUGGCAAUUCUACCCAGCUCGAGCGCAAUCCGCACUCCUGGACGCAGCUGGGACAUGUUCUGUAUAUCGACCAACCCGUGGGGACGGGAUUGUCCACGGCGAGUGAGCCCUAUCCACUGUCCGACAACGAGGGAGUGACUGCCUACCUCUACGCAUGGCUACAGUCUUUCUUCACCCUCUUCCCUCAGCUCAGGUCCAAGCAGAUCCACCUGAUGGGCGAAUCCUACGCCGGUAUAUACAUCCCCUACCUUGCCUCAGCCAUUGUGCACCACCAGGCCUCCUUCCCGCUCCAUCUACGCUCCAUCUCCCUCGGGGAUGCGACAUUUGGCAACUCCAUCGCCAUGUCCACCAUCCCCACCGUAGCAUACAUGCGCUCCCAGCAAUCGCGCCUACAAAUUCCACCCGAGAUCCUCGACGCGUUCAUUGAAGGCGAUUCCGUCUGCGGAUUUGACCAAGUCCUCUAUCAAGCCGCACAAUAUCCGCCCAAGGGACCCAUCCCCAUCCCCGACGAUGCAGAGGACGAUAACGAGACACCAGACCAGCAGCAAACAUGCAGUAGUGACACCGCAGCAGCAGCAGCAGCAGCAAUGCAACACCCUCUGACCACCCCCGAAGAAAUCCUCUCCUCCAUUCUGAACUCCACCACCUGCGACGGAUCUUGCGCGACAUUCUCCACAGCAUCACGAUACCUCUCCACCACCGCGCAGAACCAGCAUCAGUGUUUCGACGUGUACGACAUCACCAACAAUUGUGCCACCCUCAACCCACUGCCCCUACUAUCUUCAUAUUUCAGCCGACCUGACGUCCAAGUCGCACUGAACCUGCUCCCUCCGUCUCCUUCCUCCCCUCAAUCUCCUCCCCCGUCUUCUCCUUCUUCUUCCUCUUCCAUCCCCACCACUUCCCGCGCACAAACCUAUCUCCCCUGCAACGACACCCUCCGCACUCUGGUCCUCAAAGACGGCCAACUGCCCCAACCGCCAGCGGACACCAUCCUCCCCGACCUCAUCACCACCCACCACAUCGCCCUCCACGUCUACGCCGGCGACAGCGACUUCCUCCUCAACCACUAUGGCAUCGAACUGGCCCUGCAGAAUAUGACCUGGCACGGCGGCCAGGGGUUCUCGCGCCCGUUCACCGGUAAUUAUUUCCAUGUAGACGAUGCGGGCUUCCUGCGUCAUACAAACCACUCCUCCUCCUUCUCCUCGCCCGAUACCACCUGCCCUGCAGAUACCACGGGUCUCUGGACCUCCUCGCGAGGGGUCACCUACCAUCUCUUCUGGGGCGCAGGCCAUGCGGUAAUUGCUAAAAAGCCCCGGGAAAUGUUUGCUUUUGUGCGGGAUGUGGUUCUGGACUCUUCGCAAUGGGAUUGA